AGCGGUGAGGGACAGUCUCAGUGAGCCCGGCAGCAGCUCAGAGAGAGAGCGCCCAGUACACAGCAACCUAGCAGCAUUGUGGAGACCGGGGAAAAUGAAUCAAAAUGAGAACCGAAAGAGGCCGAGAGCCGCUGAGACAGACAUCCACCCGGUGACCCCGGCCAAAAGAGUGGCCCUAUUCAGGUUAAAACCCGAUUACCGACACUGGGACGUGGACGAUGUCUGCUGUUUUCUGCAGACACAUGGAUUUGAAAAGUUCGAGCAGUUGUUCAGGGAUGAAAAACUAACUGGAAGUAAACUACCUUAUCUGACACAAUCUGACUUGGAGCAGAUGGGAGUGAAACCUCUUGGUGAACGCAUGGAUCUGAUCAAAUGUAUCAAUUUGCUGUGGCAGAAACCUAUGGAUAUGAAGGUAUUCAAUGACCCAAUCCAUGGCCACAUUGAGAUGCAUCCAGUCCUUGUCCAGAUCAUUGACACUCCACAGUUUCAGCGGCUCCGAUUCAUCAAGCAGCUCGGAGGGACAUACUUUGUCUUUCCUGGUGCUUCUCACAACAGAUUCGAGCAUUCCAUAGGUGUGGGAUACCUGGCAGGCCAGUUGGUUAAAGCUCUUGCGGAACGGCAACCAGAACUGCAGAUUAGCCAUCGUGACAUUCUGUGCGUGCAGAUUGCCGGACUUUGCCACGAUCUGGGUCAUGGGCCAUUUUCUCACCUGUUUGAUGGAAAAUUUAUCCCUCUUACUCGAAAAGAUGUAAUAUGGACGCACGAGGAUGCUUCCUUGACUAUGUUUGAGCACCUGAUCGAAAAAAAUGGCUUGAAAACUGUUCUGAAAAAUCAUGGUUUAAUGUUCCCUGAAGAUCUUGUAUUUAUCAAAGAACAGAUCAGAGGUCCAUUAACUGAGACGAGGAGCAAUGGAGAGGCCUGCACUAUGAAGUCCUUCGAGUGGCCAUACAAAGGCCGGCCCAGAGAGAAGGGCUUUCUGUAUGAAAUUGUCGCCAACAAGAGAAAUGGAAUUGACGUUGAUAAGUGGGAUUACUUUGCCAGGGACUGUCAUCAUCUAGGAAUCCAGAACAACUUUGACUUUGUACGCUUCCUCAAGUUUGCACGAGUUUGUCAAGUUCACAAAAUGAAGUGUAUUUGCACUCGAGAUAAGGAAGCUGAAGACCUGUACAACAUGUUUCACACACGUAACACGUUACAUCGCAGAGCCUAUCAGCACAGAGUCUGUAACAUUAUUGAGUGCAUGAUCACAGAAGCGAUGGUGCUGGCAGAUCCAUACAUCGAGAUAAGUGGCACAGAUGGGAAGCUUUAUAAAAUGUCUGAAGCAAUCGAUGACAUGUCCGCUUACACCAAACUCACAGAUGAAAUCUUUCAACAGAUCCUGAAUUCAUCGAAAGCUGAGUUGAAACCUGCUCAGGAAAUCCUGAACAAUAUCAUUUGUCGCAAGUUGUACAAAUGGAUCGGUCAAACUCAACCUGAAGCUGAAACUACUAUUCAACCAGAGGAAAUCACUGAGUUGAACAAACAGAUUGCUGCAACUAUCCCAUCGACACCUGUAGAUGCAGUCCUUGUUCCAGAAGACUUCAUUGUAAAUGUUGUUCAGAUAGACUAUGGGAUGGCCAAAGAAAACCCCAUUAACAAAGUCUGGUUCUACUGCAAGAACAACCCCAACCAGGCAAUCAAAAUUCGCAAAGACCAGGUAUCUCAGCUGCUACCAGAGAGGUUUACUGAGCAGCUGAUCCAAGUAUACUGCAAGAAGUCUGAUCAGCCAAGUGUGGAAGCAGCCAAGAAGCAUUUUGUACAGUGGUGCAUCAACAAGAACUUCAGUAAACCCAGGGAUGGCGAUAUUGUCGCUCCUGAGCUGACACCCCUCAAACCCGACUGGAACAACCGUGACAGUGAAACUGAUGACUGUGAUGAAGAUGAGCCCCUAUACAAUUCCCAUCCCAAUAAUAACCGGGCCAAGAUACAGCUUUUCAAGGAGACUGCAUCUUAGUUUUCUGGGAACCCUUGUGAAACUUCCAAUAAUGAAGUUGCAUUUAAAUGGGAUCACUCCAAAGCCUACAGCAAUGUUUUGGUGUUUUAAAAGCAGUUACUUUCUUCAAUCAUUUUCUCAUUUAAAGGAAGAGGAGAAAAACAAUCUUGGUGCAAAUUGACCUUAAUCUAACAAGCUUUGAAAUCCUGCUUUGAAGGGAUGUUUGGUUUUAUAAAACCAAUACCUCAACGAACUAUCAUUUGCCUAUUUUAAUAGGCAAUCGUCAACAAUAAAAAUGUAUUUUUAUUUCCUUUUUAUAUUGCUUAACACGCCAUCUGCAAGUUCCUGUGGGAAAAGGCAGUAAAAGACCAUUGAUGGGAUUCAUUCCCGAAAUUGAAACAUUUUACCUGCUCUGUUUUGCUUGCCGUAUUUUCUUUUGAGUUUCUUUUGAAAAUAGUGACACGAGAGCAAUGGCGUUUGCAUUGCCAAGAUGUUGCAUUGUGAAGACAGGGCAGUUGAUGGCUUCACAUUAAUGUUCAGGUUUAAGAAUCAUGUAGCUGAUGAAAUCUGAUGUUGUUAGGAGCUUGUUCAUUAGUUUAGUUUGUUUAUGUCAUAGAACAAACAGGCAGAAGACUAUUUUUGCAUGCAUCCAGUAACUGUUGUUUUGUUUAGAGCAUAUAACUAGUGUUAUAGAUAUUGAGACUUCUCAAUAGGUAACCUCUUCAGUAUACAAUUCAAAAUACUUUAAUAUAAAAAGCUGCUAUACUUUAGCUACUGGAGCCUGGAGGAACUUGGAUAAAACUGAUGGUGGUACCUCUUCCUGCAGAAUUAGAGGGAGGGUGAUUGAGGGCUGGCACUCCCAAUUGCUUUGUUGGAGUUUGAUUUGUGGAUAUUGCUGUAGGAGUCCAAUGGUCAGUGCAUGGCCCAGUGAUAAACAUGCUGCUUGCUGGACUGAAGAUAACCCAGGAGUGGUAAGCACUUCCAUUGCUAAGAUAAGGGUUGUUUGUGCAUUUGAAUGUUGUACCACAGGAUGAGCUAGAGCAAAGGACAAUCUAGAGUCGAUCAAACAACUAUUUUCAGGUGUUGAGGCUGUAUUUAUCUUUGAUUGGACUGGCUUCUGGAUAUUACUGGUAGAAUCACCUCAUGUUUACAGUAAUUCCUGACUGAGUACUGUAUCUGUAGAUUUAUAGAACAAAACAUGAACAUCUGAUUUUUGCCCUAAGGAUGCCAGCAAACUGAAUGUAUCGAUAUGAUAUUCCUUGACUUUUUACAUAUUAGUUAUGUAGGUGAUUUUAAAUCAAGUUUUUUGUAAAAUGCAGAUGAGUAAAAGUUGUCAAAUAGCUGUGCAGAUCUCCUGUUUUCCCAACUCUCCUAUUCCCUCGUCACAUGAUAUUCAUCUGUUUUAGAAGUGACUUCUGUGCAUGAAAAUUAAAUUUUUCCAGGAUUCUGAGAGCAAUGUUGAUUUCCGAUCUGAGAGAUUGAUGUGGUGAUUUCCCCAAUGAGACUUAGAAAUUAAAAUCUUAAAAUAAUGUAGGAAAGCAUCAUUUCCUCAUGAAAAUUGUGCAGGACCACCUAGCUCUGGUCUAAUGUGUUCAUCCCUCAGUUUAUAAUUCCCUGCGCUGCAGUGUAAAAUCCCAUUGUGUACAAAUUAUGAUUUCAAAAGUGGGGCUUUCUGAUUAUAGACGAUUUAUCUGACAGAAAAUACCUUGAUCCCACAGGUAUUAAAAGAGAAUGUGACAAGUCCCAAACAUUUUCAAGAAAUGAUCGAUAUUUUUAUACUCCAAUCUGGCGUAUUUACUGACCCUGUGUUUGAGGUGUGUCUUUAUGUACAGUGCACGUCAAUCUGCACAUAUUGGUUCGAUUUCAAUAUGGCACCUCUAUUCCUGAGCUGCUCCUUUUGUGAGCAGCAUUCUACCUUUUACAGUGGAGAUUAGAAUUCGGUGACUCUGCAACCAGCAGGAAAAUAAGCUUGUGGGCAGUUGACCUUAAUUUGGCAUUAAGGACAAAGAGCAUGCGUUUGCGAGAAAUUGCUCUCUUGCCUGUGGUUCUGGACAGUGUGUUUCUGAGCGAUGUGUAGAGGAUUGGCGAGGAUUCCACCCCACACCAUCGUCCUUUGCUGUCUGUUGGGAGAGGUGUUGAGUUUGAGUAGCCAAGAAAUGUGCUGUGCUGCCUAAUGAUGACAAACCAGAUCAUGUCAGUCCAACUGAUCAGAAUUUGACAUAUGGUUUGCUUCCAAUGAAUGAAAUGGAAUUGAAACCAACUUGGUCUAACUGCAGUGUGUAUGUCCAGAGACAAAACGCAGUCAGUGACAUUCAUAUUGGCACGUCAUUUAGUUUGGAACAUUGACAAAGAAGUUCUCGUAUCCUCUUCCGUUAAUAUUUCUCCGAUUUACUUUAAAGGCACUACAUAAAUGCAGGUUGUUGUAUCAUAACGAGGUGAUCUCUCUCAGGAUAAAUGAGUAAUUGUGAAAAAUAAUUGAAAUGUGGCAUUUCCCAGUGUUAGCUGGAAGGGUUUGAGUACAUGGCAUAGCCACCCUUGGUCCGGGGUGAAUGGGAGUGGGAGGAUGGUGCAUGAGAGGAGCUCUGCUUGGAGCACAUAUGUUUACUGUUGUAUUAGAACAUAUUCAGGAGUGGUAUAAUCCAUAAGUGGUUUGCUACAUUUCUGGAAAGACGGUAUUUGUUAUUGACUGACUUCUGGAAUUGCUAAUAGCCUGUUUGCUCAGUCUCAGGCCCUGAAAUUUUAACUUUUGUUGCUCCAUUUUAUUGGAUUCUACAGUAACAAAAAGUGACCUGACUGUUGUCCUAGGAUCACAUAUUACUGGCAGCUCACGAAACCAUUCUAUUUGAGCCAUGUUGUGUAAUUGGUUUUAAAUUAUUUUUAGUAUAUACUUUUACACUGCUUUAUCACUUUGUUUUUGUGUCUCUGGUUUUGGUUUUGAUGGGGAGGGUAAAGGCGGGAGAAUCUCAGUUUGCUGUUCCUGUUUUUACAUGGUGAAAUGCCUGACUCCUCAAGUACUUUAGCAGGACUCAUCGUGAUAUGGUCAGCUAUUUCAUAAAUUAGGAGUUAAAAUGGGCAAUAUACAAUUUUGUACGGCAUCAUCUGUUUAAUACUAGAGCAAACAAGGGAAAAUAUAAGCUGUUAUUUGCAGAAGCGUUGGACUUGUUAUUAGAGUUGUCGGUUGUCUCUUGUAAAGAAUUUCUGCAAGGUAUAGUAAAUGUUACCAAGUCUUUUAUUGCUUGGAACAGUUUUAGAAUGGUGGGAGAGGGAAAUGUUGCACAUGCAUCAAGCAUUGCUAGCAGAUAGGGAGAACUUGUGUGUUGCUAAGUUAAUCCUGCAAGCAUGAUAAUAAGUUGUGUUUUGGCAAGAGGACGAUUAAUAGAAUGAAAUUAUUUGGCAUUCUUCAUAUAUUGAAAUGUUACAUUUUAUACUAUCAAAUUGUGAUUCUGAAUUGACAGGGGCUGCGAUCCAUAAAUAUUGCAAGGCCCAUGUCGAAAUCACAGAUUGUGUUUGGUGAACUAUUUGUUAAAUGUGACUUUUUUUAAAACCUCAUCCCUAGUACUUCACUCGCGUUAUUCCCGUCUGAGCCCGGUGUUUCUGGACUCUUUAAUCAUGGAGGAACUGUAAGGUGAGCUCUACAGCAGCAACUUGAUCACUUGGUGUUUUGACUUGUAGUUCUCAACAAAAACAUGAUAAUGUUUCAUCUGUCAUUAUUUACUCAGUAACCUGACAGUUCAUUUUGACACUUUAUUUUCUUGUACAAGUACCCGCCCUGGUCUGCAGUGGUGGUACAGGACCACUUGCAAUACCUGGGCAUCUGGCACAGAAUUACUUUCAUACCUCCUUUUGUGAGAAAGGAUGCCACUGUUUGAUAUAUCAUGUUAACAUUGUGUAGAUUAUGAUGUUGCUUGCUACCUUUGGUAUGAAUUGGGUACCUGCUACAGACUCCAUGCAGCAGCCUUUGACGUUGCAGCAGUCCUAAAUCGCUAGGAGUUCACAUCCUGGGCUGAAGCAAAGCAGUUGUGCACCAGUGCUGAGUGAGUGACCGCGAGAAUGCAGACUUAAUUUGCAGUUAAUAGCACAGGAAACUUUCCAUGUUACUUGGUUCAUGGGGACCAAGAUAAGAUGGUUGCUAGUCUAUUGCAUAACUGUUGUGGCAUUGGACUCUUGAUUCCAAAGGGCUUAUUGAGAAGGUGUUGUAAGGAACAAGCUUAAGGCCUUUAAUGCACUUUAUACACAAAGGGUGGAGGCCACCCCCCC